UGAAAGAAUAAAAAGCCAUUGAAAAGACUACAACUGCUCUUUAUUUAAAAAAAAUUUAAAAAUAAAAUGUCCCAUACUUUGAAGAAGUCGAACGAGACCAAAGAAAUAGGAGGUUUAAAUCGUAUAACAAAGAAAAAGCUUUUGGAAUUAUGUAAAAAGGAUAAACUCUAUCAAACUCCUUCCCUAAAUGAUGUUCUAUAUCUGCAUUAUCAGGGAUUCCAGAGCAUCGAAUCUUUGGAAGAUUACACCGAAUUAAAAUGUCUAUGGCUAGAAUGCAAUGCCAUUUCAGAGAUACAGGGCUUGGAGAAUCAAACUAAACUAAAAUGUUUGUAUCUCCAAAGUAAUCUGAUAAAGAAAAUUGACAAUUUGGAUCCUUGCAAAGAAUUGGACACCAUCAAUUUGUCACAAAAUCAUAUACGAAAAAUUGAAAAUGUUGGCACAGAUAUACUCCCGGUAUUGAAUACUUUAAAUAUAUCUUCGAAUUAUCUAAAGGACUGUGAGGGGUUAAGGGAACUGGAGAAUUGCAAAAAUCUUUCUGUUUUGGAUUUAUCCAAUAAUCGCAUAGAUGAUAUAUUGGUGGUCAAGGUUUUUGCCCGAAUGCCUGAAUUAAAAGUUUUGGUGCUACAAGGAAAUCCGGUGGUCUCCAAAAUACCACAGUAUCGCAAAACCUUGAUAUUGGAAUGUAAAAAACUUACCUACUUGGAUUCGAGGCCUGUAUUUCCCAAAGAUCGAGCUUGUGCUGAGGCAUGGAAACGUGGUGGAUAUGAAGAGGAACGCAAAGAAAACGAGCGUUGGAAUCGUAAAGAACGCCGUAAGAUGAGAGACAGUGUAAAUGCCACCAUAAAAAUGCGCAACAAAUUCCGCAAACCCGAAGAUCAUGUUAGUCUACUAGUGUCCUCAGAUUCCGAAGAGGAUAUAGUCAAAGCUAAGCGUAUAUGUCAACAGAAACAACUGGAUGCCAGUGUCAAUAUGGAAUUAGGUAUAUGGGAAGAAGUGGCGGGAGAUGAUAGUAAAACUGAACUUUAUCUUUCUUCGGAUGUCAAUGAAAGCCCCUCUACAUCUUCGGCCAAUAGCAGCAGUGAUUCAAGCACUGCUUUAGUAUCCGAUUUGAGUACGAAAUGCCAUGAAUUAGGUGAGCAGAGUAAAAAAGAAGAGCCAAAGGGAGUUGAAGUUGAAAAUGGAGAAGGUGAAAUUCACACUUUGGCUGAGAAACAAAAUAUGGGAGAAAUUUUGAAGUUUAUCAAAAAAACAAACCAAGAGGAGAAAGUGUUGGAAGUAAAGCAGAAGGAAAAAUAUGGAGUUGAAGAGAUUAAACAGUUUGAAUUGGAGUCUAAUUACAAGGCUGAGAACACUGAGGGUAGAAAUAAGGAGAGUAAAGAUGUUGGGGAGGUGGAAGUCUUGGAGAAAGUUUCUGGUGAUGUCGAAACCUUUGAAGUCAUGAGUCACGAAGCAUUAUCUAAAUCAAUUGAUAAAAUUUCUACCCGUAGAGUUAAUUUAGAAAUUGAGUGUAAUGAGGAUGCUCCAAGCGAGAUCUCGAUGAAGGCUCAGAAGUCUGUUCAUAUUAAUGAUGAAUCCUCGGCCAUUGAAUCUAUGAAGGAUUCUUCCCAUAUAAGAGAUGAAAUUUCCCCUCGAAGAGUUUAUUUACAUAUUGAGACCAAUGAAGUGGCUCCAAGAGAUAUUUUAGAACAGGCUGCUAGCAAUUAUAAGUCUAUGCAGUCUGCCCUUGAAAUCCAAGAAUCCUCAGUCAUUGAUCCCAUAUUGAACGAGACUCUCAAAGUUAUUAACCCAAUUGCCAUGCAAGCUACCAUCGAAACAAAUGAUAAAAUUUCAUCAACUUUACCUAAGGCCACCAAUGAAGAGAACUAUGAUGCUUUAGACAAUUUGGAAAAGACUAUGGCUAUGCUAAAACCUGACAUUGCUCAGAGUGACAUCACUACUGCGGACCUAAGGGAUAUCAAAGAAAAAUCUCCCUGCCAAAUGGAAUAUGAAAACGAAUGCAAGGCAGUCAAUACACAGUUAAAGAAAGAUUUUGAAGAAAUGUUCUCAAAUAUGGAUAUUCACUUGAAUCAAUUCAAAAAGGAUCAAGAGGAGAGACAUGAAAUAAUGGAGCUACUAUUCUCACAAAAACCUAAGGCUGCUGGAGAGGAAAUUACCGGCAGUAGCAGUGAUGAAAACGUUGAGAGAAAUGUAAAGGAAAUUGAAGGCAUGGUAGAUCAAUGGGAUAGAGAAACAAAAUUAAAUGACUUUGAAAGAGAACAACUUAAAGAGAGAGUAUAUGUGAAUACCAACAAUUUAAGAGAACAAAUAAGGAAAGAGGGAGUGCAUAUUGAAGAAAAUGAGAGCAAGGGAAAUUGUAAGGACAAUGCUGAUAUAGAAGAGCAAGAAAAUUUAGAGGAAAAUAUGCUAAUGAGGGAGAAACAUGAGAACGAGCUUUUGCCUACUAAGACUGCCCAAGAAUUUUUGGAUGAUGAUUUUGAAUAUAAUCCCUUGGACGUAACCUCUUUGACCCGAGCUUCUAAUCAUGCUCUUACAUCUUUCGAAAGAGAGACUAAAGUACUCAGAAAUCUCUUGUCUAAAUUGGAACAAGAGAACAAUGAACUCUAUGAAGAGCUCAAUGACCUUGAAGAAACCGCAAAGAUAAUUGAGAAGAUAGACGAGAGAGAGCAUAAGGAAAUGAAAGAAAAUGGACACCACUCUAAAAUUGAGGAGAAAGAGAUUAAGGUAAAUAACGGAUUAAGAGAUCAAGAGGAGACAAACUUUAAAGAGAAGGAAAUGGAAGACAAGAAAGAGUCUGAAGUUAUGGAAGACACUGAAAUUUUAACUGAAACUUGUGAGAAUCAUGCAGCAGUUAAUCCCAUUGACAUAGAGAUGCAAAUUCGAGAGAAUGCUGAGAGACCAGAUGAAACUCAAGAGAGUCAACCAAAGAAUGAUUUGAACAACAUAAGAGAGGCGACUGGUCAAGAAAUAGAGAUAGAGUGUGGCAAUUUAAGAGAUAUGACCCAAGAAAGCAUGGAAAAGAUUCGACAAGAUAUUCCCUAUAAAAAUAAGGCAAAAACCCAAGAGAUCUCAAAACCCACAGAUCACAAAAAAGAGAAUGAUUUUUGCAACGAAUUUGAAGGAAGCGAUAUUUCCAUUAAUAAUGAAAAGGAAAUCCAAAAAAAUGCAAAAGAGCUUAAACAAGAAAAUGUUUUUAAUAAUCAAAGAGAGACAAUUGGUAGAGAGAAAGAAAAACAUGUUGAGUUUGAAGACAAGAGAAAUAAGGAAAAUAAUUUUUCAGAUAUUUCUUAUAAAAAUAAGAGAGAAAUCCAAGUGCAUGCAAUAGUCAAAGAGCAAAGUAAUCAAAGAGAGAUAAUUGGUAGGGAGAAAGAACAAGGGGUUGAUACUGAGGAAGAGGUAAAGAAGGACUCUCAAAUUGCAAAAUCUCAAGAAGAUCCUGAAAAGCAUUUACCAAAUAUUUCUUUUAAAACUAUGAGAAAAAUCUGUGAGAUUGAAGAAGUCAAAGAGAAUAAUAAAGAGAACUACUUAAAUAGCCAAACAGAGGCACUUGACAAAGAGAUUGCAAAUGGUAAUGACAUAGAAAAAGAGCAACGACAAAUGAGUCAGUUCCCGCUACCUAAGAGAGAAAACUCACCAGAAAAUUCCAACAAAAUGAACAAUAAAAGCAAGAAAGACAUACAACCCCAAGUCUUGUUCAAGAUCAAAGAUGAGAAUAUUGAGAUAAUAACUGAAGAAGUCAUAGAUGACUUAAUAGACAGUUCCUCCAUGAUCUCCAAGGCAAAUGAGGAAUAUAGUGAGAAAAUAACCCAAGAAAUCCUAAACGACAUCAUAGACUAUUCCUCCUUAAAAACCCCACAAGCCAAGCCUCAUGAUCUUCCCACCACUGAUCCCAAAAAUCACGAUUCUGAUCAUGAGGAAGAAGUCAAACAAAAUGCAAACAAACCUCAAUUACCUUUGACUGGCACAAUACAUGCAGUUUUAGAGUCCUUAGGUGAUAUUUUCAAAAAAAUCGACCUAAAGCCCAUCAAACGCCUACAAAGCGUUGCCCCCACAGAUGCUGAAAAAGCUGUUUGUUACAAAAAUUUACUAGAAAAUCAUAAACUUAAAGAAUUCAAUCAAGAUACUCCAGAGAGUUUGGACAAACUUUUGAACGACUAUAGAAAUCAAGAAAUUCAAGAUGUUCAAGAAAUGGUAGAACGUGUUUAUGCCCAAAAAGAAGAGUAUGAUGGUACCAUUGAACUUAUAGAUGGUCGUCUUAUGGUCUUGGAUAAAGAGAGUGGCCAGAUAAAAAGAGAGUUAUCAUCGCAAAAGUUUAACAAUGACCAUGAGUUUAGUGAUGCGGAUUAUGAAACUGCGGAAUCUGAUGAUGAGGGAGCUUGUUGUAGAAAAACACGCAAAGGCAAAGCUAAGCAUAAAAUGCAGUUUAUAUACAACACUCUCUCUGUGAACCGUGUUCCUGAGCACUGCGAGAGCGAUGGUGAAGAAUUUCAUUCUCUUGAUCCCCAGCCGGAAUUCAGCAUUUAUGAAAAUAUUCAUAAAGAAUUUUUCAAUAACUUGUCCUUAGAGCAUUUGAAUUUAAGCCCCCAGGAUGAAGACCAUCUUAAUUUGUGUUCAAGAAGCUAUCAUGAGUUGAAGCAUUUGCUUACUCUCAACGAAGAGCAUACAACAUUGAAUGAUAAGGAAAUUGAAUUACUUGAAACAAUUAAAGGACGUGCAUAUCAAGCCCAGAAAAAUGACGACAAUUAUGCUCUCACGGAUUCGAAAACCGAUGAGUAUAGGCUUUGGGAGAGAAGGUUGCAGAAAACUGCAAAGAGGGAAAGACAAAAUUUAGAAUUCGAAACUAAUAGUGACAAUUCUUCGAAUAAAACCUACACCAUUUAUAAAGAAGGUAAUUUCACACAAAGUGUUUCCUCCCAUAGUGAUGACUCUCACAGUAAGAGUGAUUUUUCUCAUAAUGAUGACUUCCCCAGUGGUUUCUCUUAUAAUAAUGCCUCUCAAGGCGAUAUUUCCCGCAGUCAUGUCUCUUUCAGUGAUAUCUCUCACAAUCAUGCCUCUCACAGUGAUGUCGCAAACAGUGAUGUUUCUCACAGUGUUUUCUCUCUUAGCCAUGUCCCCCAGAGUAAUGUCUCUCACGGUGAUGUCUUUCACUGUGUUGACUCUCUCAGUGAUGUCCCUCUCAGUGAGGUCCUUAACAGUAAUGUCUCUCCCAAUAAUGUCUCUCAGAUUGAUGUCUGUAACCAUGAUGCCUCUUACAGUGAAGUCUCUCUUAGUAAUGCCUCUUCGGAAAAAUGUAAUGAGAAUGAGAAAAUUGAAAGUGAUAUCAAUGUGGACUAUGAAGUUAUGAAAGCCACACUUCAAAAAGCCUUUGAAGGCAACAAUGAUAAAGAAGAUGCCAUUCUCGAAAAUUCAGCUUGCCCCCUGGGACAUUCGUCGCCAAUCCUAUGGAGCCACAACUUGGGUAAAAAAUAUUACUCUGAUUUAAAAUAUGGAGAUAAUUUCGAAGACUCCGGUCUAAGUUCCAUUAAUAAUGUUAUUUUGAGAUGUGAGGAUAAUGCCUGCUCCUUAUCCUACUCUUUGCCGAUAGAAAAAAGUGGCCAAGAUGAAAUGAAAGAAGAGGAGUUAUCAGGGGCUUCAGUUGAGGAUUUUCUGCAACACAAUCAGACUGUUGUCUCCAUAGAGGAUAUGGAACAACAUGACAACACAGCAGAUAUAACACUCUGCCAAGAAGAAGACGAAAUUGUUUUCGGCGGGGAAGUUUUGAAUUCCCAGGAUUUAUGGGAAAAUCCCACAACCAGCUAUGAUGUAAAGACAAAUGAAAAUGUCAUUCCCUAUAAGACCUUAUUGAAUACCGGUAAAGAUUCUUUAGGAGAAAUAAAAUUGGACUCAUCUUUUGAUAAUAAAAGCAUCAAGGAUAAUAAAAACUCAAAUCCUGGGAUAAGUGAUACUAAUUCCCUGGAAAUUUAUAAAAAUUCCCAAAUUUACAAUAAACCUGUAUCAGAAGAAUUACAUCUUCAAAAUCAAGAAUUUUUACCACUAGAAAAAAUAACAAAAAAUUUAAAAAUAAAUAUAGAGGAAAAUCUCACAAUCCCGGAAAUUAAAUCUCAAAAUGAAUUGACAUCCCUAAGGAAAGAUAACAAAUACCCAAGUGGGGAAGCUCUAGGCAUUCUUCUCAACUCAUCACCUUCCUUUGAAAAUUUAACAAAUAUUGCAUUGAAGACAUCUCAUCGUCAUAAGCCGGAUGAAACUUUGAAUUCCCAGGAUUUAUCAGUAAAUCCCAUAACCAACAAUGAUAUGAUGGCAGGGGAAAAUGUAACCACCAUAAACUUGAUAUUCAGUCCCCGUCAUGAUACUGUACGAAAGACAUUAUUAGACUCAUCUUAUAAUCAAAUUAGUAUCCAGGCAUGCAAAAACCCAAAUCCCGGCAUUGACGAUUAUAAUUCCCCAAAUUUUUUUAAAAAUUCUCAAACUAACAGUGUUCCGGUAUCUAAGGAAAUAAAUCUUCAAAAUCAAGAAUUCUUACCUCUAGAAAAAAUAACAACAAAUUUAAAAAUAAAUAUAGAGGAAAAUCUCAGAAUCCCAGAAAUUGAAUCCCAAAAUGAAUUGACAUCCCUAUUAACAGGUGACAGAUACCAAAGUUCAGAAACCUUUGCCUUAUCAACCAACUCACCUCACUCAACUCAUUUUGAAGAGAAGAUUCAAAAUGCAAAAAAUAUUGAAUUGAAAACAUCCCAGCAUCAAAAGCCACAUGAAACUUUGAAUUCCCAGGAUUUAUCGGCAAAUCCCAUAACCAACAAAGAUAUGAUGGCAGGGGAAAAUGUGACCACUUAUAUUAACUUAUUAAAGUCCAGUGAUGUUAGUACAAAGGAAAUUUUAUCAUGGCCAUCGUUUAAUCAAGUGGAUGCCGGGAAAUGUAAUAUUGAAGAUGCCGGGAUUUUAGAUUCCCAGGACUCAUUGGAAAAUUCCAUAGCCAACAAUGAUAUGACAAAAGGGGAAAAUGUGACCACAUAUAUUAACUUAUUGAAGCCAAGCAUUGAUACUAAAAAGGAAAUUUUACCAUGUAAUCAAGUGGAUGUCCGGGAAUGUUAUACUAAAGAUGCAGGGAUUGGUCAUAGUAAAUCCCCAGAAAUUAAUGAAAAUUCCCAAACUUCCACUGAUUCCUUAUCAAAAGAUGAAAAUCUACAAUAUAAUGAAUUUUUGACUUCAGGAGAUUUAUUAAACAAUUUUAAAAUCAAUGUAACACAACAUCCAAAAAUCCCAGAAGUUGACAACACAAUUAUCCCCACUUCUCCAGGAAUAGAUGAAAAAUCCCAAACUAAGGAAAUUAUUCCCACAUCAUCAAAUUUUCUUUACAAUUCCAAAAACACUAAGGAAAAUCUAGAAAACAAUUGCUACGACAAUGAGUUCAACAAAUCCCAGCUUUUCUCAAAAAAUCCCAUAAAAUUCCCCUGUGCGCCGAAAAGCUCAACAAAUAUAGAAAAUCCACAAGCUUUCCCGUUACAGUUUUCUAAUAAAACUAAAGAAACUCAAGAAAGGGAUUUUAAUAUUCCCCAUGAAAAAGAUAUGAAAACAUUUAUCUACCCUACAAAUAAUGAAGAAACUCCUAAAACUAAUAAUCCCAAUGAUGAAACCACAGAUAAACAAAUUCCAUCAAAUUUUAAAAAUGCGCCCCAUUCAAUUGUGAAGUUUACUACAGCAACCCAAAUUAGUUUUAUGUCCCCCACAAAUUCCAUAGAAAACAAUGAGACCACAACAUUUUGCACUAAUUGCCAAAUGAAGUUGAGCAAUGUUAAUGACACCCUCCAAGAGGCAUCCAUGGAAAUACCCAUAAUUAAUAACCAAGAAGAAGAGAUAGCCAUAAAUUUAGCUGAAAAUUAUCAAAUUUCCGAUAUGGCAUCAUGCCAGGAUAAUGCCUGCGCUGGAGGCACGACACAAUCUUGUAUAUUUGAUAAAGAUUCCACUGCUAAUACUCAUGAGGUGGACAUUUUGGAAUGCAAUUUAGAGAUAUUGGAUUGUAAUGAGGAUGUUAUCGAUAGCAUUACAGUUAAUGCCGAGGUUCGUUAUGAGAUCUGAAAAGGAAGAUAGUUUUGAAUUAUUAUUAAAAAAAUGAAUUUUUAUUUAAUUUCCUUACUUAAAAAUAUUAAAUUCAUGGAAAGCACCAUAUUUAUACUAUAUUUUAUGUUAAAUAAACUUACAAACAUUUAAA